AUGGGAUCCUCAGAAAGUAAACAAUCUUCCGAUACUACUUAUUAUCGACAAAGUCAAGCAUUUAUGAAUGUAGUACCAUAUAACAUAGAUAAUAGCCAACCUGCCCCAAAUGAUAUUUAUCAAAGACUUAAUCAUAGCUUAUAUGCAGGUCCACCGUUAACAAUGCCAAUACAACCAACAUAUAGAUGUAAUUAUUGUGGAAUGGUAUUUACAAGCGAUGAAGCAUUAUAUAAGCAUAGAACAAGAUUUUGUGUGGGCAAUCCAGAUGCUAGUAUUAGACGAAAUCCAAAUAAUUUAAAUAAUGGAACGAACGGUACUACUUUUAUGAGUGAAAACUAUUCGAAUAGUCAACCAACAUUAGGAAAAAUUACUGCAUAUCCAUCGCCAAUUGAAAAAAAACGCGAAGAAAUAACCGAAUGGAAAAAUAAACGAUCUAUUCUACAAAGCGUACAAGAUAUGGAAGAUAGAAUACUAGUCGAUUCAAGAAAAACAGAACAAGUAACCCAUGAUCUUAAAAAACAAACACAUGAGUACAAUCAAAUUCUUAGUGAAUAUGAAAAAUUGCAAACACAAGAACGUGAUCUUCUAAGAGAAAUGUAUAAUUUACAUGGACGAUCUAGACUAUAUUUCAUGCAGCCAAAAGAUUUAAAUGAUUAUGAACGAAAUCAACUAGAAGUUUUAAAUCAACAGAAUAAUCGUAUUAAACAUGAACGUGAGGCUAUUCAAAGUAAACUUGAGACAUUAAUAGGAAAAGAUAAUCCACAACCCAUUCUACCCUAUUAUGAUCCAUAUAGAUUAUUACGUGAUAUGAAAGAACAACAAGACCACAAUGAAAACAAUUUAGCAUAUUUACGAAGACGUCUUAUGUAUCCUAAUAGCUCAUUAUUUAGUUCCAAUGAAAGUUCAUUUUUACCACGUCUUAAUCUGAAUCGACAAACAACGACUGAUGAUGUUAGAGCAUUACGAAACAGAUAUUUACAAUCAGGCGGUCAUGAUAACGAUGUUCUUUCACAAUUUAAUGAUCUUGAAGAAAAACUACGUUACUAUGAAAGUUUUCCAUGGAUGAAAGGUUAUCCAGAACCAUUAACACGUUAUCCAUAUCAUCCAUUUCGUCCAAGAGAGCCUAGAAAUGAUAAAUUAACGUCGACCGUCACUGAAAAAGAGCGGCUAGAAAAUGAACUUAGCGAUAUGCAACGUAAAUUUCAACAACUGGAUUCACGUACAAAACAAUUAGAGUUAACUUUAGCAACAACCGGAUUGCCUAAUCAAAAUUCUAAUCUUAACAAUAAUAAUCAUAGAUAUGUAUCACCAAAAAACGAUGGUCACCAAUGGAAAAGUACUUACACUCGGAUAGCUAAUCCGAAUUAUACGAAUUCUGCUCAUCAAUUCGUUGAUCAACCUCAACAGUUUCAUCAACCAUCAUUACCUAUAAUAGAUACGGGUAGACGAUCUCGUGGAAUGCAACCAGCCAGUCGUAUUGCUUCGAAUUCGAAUGGAAGAUAUGGUCAAAUAGAAUCAAAACCAUACGAUCCCGUCGGUGGUUUUGUUAUAUUCUUUGAUUUUAUUAUUAAUCUUUCACCAAUGAUUGAAAAAUGUCAACUUAUAACAAGUCUUCAUCACGUACAAACAGGACUUGGCGAACCAUCACAAUUAGCAGUAUUCAAAUCUGAACUAUAUACUGAUCCGAAAUUUGGUGAACAAGUCAGCAUUAUUUUGCUUUCUACAAAACAACCUGUACCAAGAUGUCCACCACAACAAGCCUUAUCUAUAGUUAUUGAAGUACUAACAACAACAAAGCAAAGUCCACAUGCACCGUUACGUACAAAUGCUUGGACUAGGAUACCAUUAUUUGAUAAUAGAAAUCGUCUAUUAAGUGGCAGAUGGAAAGUACCGUUGAAAAUAUUACCAAUUCAACACGAUGCAAGUUUUCCUGUUAUUGCCACAUUGCCAACAUUUGGCCGUGCUGAAUUACAUUAUCGACUAGUCAAUUAUCAAGAUGCAGCUGCUCAAGCAAAUGUACUUUUCUCACUUAAUCAUCAAGAUCUAUACUUUACUCCACCACAAUUUCAAACUCGACCAUUUAUGUAA